AUGACAGAAGCAUACGCAGAAACCACAGCUGAAUACACUUACGAUGAACAUGCUUUCUCCUGCAACAAAACCGACAUCCAAGAAUUUGGGAAAAUAUUUCUGCCACUAUUUUACAUUGUGGUGUUUGGUCUUGGCCUCACAGGGAAUCUAAUGGUGGUUUUUGCCAUUGUGAAAGGCAAUAAAAAAAGCAUCACUGACAUCUAUCUCCUGAACUUGGCUAUCUCUGACCUUCUCUUUGUGAUCUCCCUCCCGUUCUGGGCAUCCAACACGGUCCGUGGAUGGACCCUUGGGACUAUUGCUUGUACAGCUGUUUCCUCACUGUAUUACAUUGGUUUCUUUGGGGGAAUGUUCUUUAUCACUGUUAUCAGCGUUGACAGGUACUUGGCCAUUGUCAGGGCAACUUAUUCUCUGAAAUCCAGAACAGUAAGACAUGGCUUUCUUGUAACCUGCGGAGUGUGGGCAAUAGCGGUUUUAGUGUCAGUGCCACACUUUGUGUUCUCCCAGCUCAUAGAUAAUGACUGCAUUGCUGUCUUCCCAGAGAAGCUGGAGAACAUCUGGCCAGUGUUCUGCAAUAUGGAGCUGAACACCAUCGGCUUUUUCAUCCCAGUCUGUAUCAUAUUCUAUUGCUACUGUGGGAUCAUCAAAACCCUCCUAUCCUGCAAAAAUCAGAAAAAAGCACGAGCCAUAAAACUGAUAUUGAUUGUGGUGGUGGUUUUUUUUCUGUUUUGGUCCCCCUACAAUGUACUAAUUUUUCUGGAUACUUUAAAUCACUAUGAGUUAUUCACAAAUUGCAACCAAAUUAAGUCGUUGGACUAUGCAAUGCACCUGACCGAAACCAUUGCGUUCAGUCACUGUUGUCUCAAUCCUCUUAUCUAUGCCUUUGCUGGGGAAAAAUUCAGGAAAUACCUUUAUAAUGUCUGCAUGAAGUACUGUCCGUUCCUGUGUUUCUGUGGGCCCUGCAGUCACUACCAGGUCUCUCAUUCAGUUAGUUAUGCGGAAAGUGUGGUGAACAGCAACAUAACCCAGAACACCAGCGACCAGGAUGCCUCUGUCUUCGUCUAA